CACACACACUUGUUAUUAAUGUUUUUAUUUUCAUCGACGAAUUAGCUUUCUUUUGUUUAUUAGUUAUUUUUUGUUAAAAAGAAAGUGUUUUGUAUAAAUCAUGGAAUUCUGGAAAGUCUCUAUUAUUGCAAUAAUGGCUAUUUAUUAUUGUACACAAGUUAACUUUGUGGCUGGCCUGGAAUGUUAUGUUUGUUCCAAUCAAACGGGUAAUGUGGAGAAAUGCUUGAACACCAUUAAAACCUGUGAACCUGGCGAGGAUGUUUGUGGCACCGAAAUCCGUUGGGGCAGUCAACCAUAUUUCUCACAGGGCGCCCUCAAACAGUACUAUGUAUCGAAACGUUGCAUGACCAAACAACGCUGCCAAGCCCAACGUAAACGUCAUAUGCCCUAUUGCACACACAUUUGGUAUGAAGAUUGGUCGUGUCAUGAAUGCUGCCAGGGUGAUCGCUGUAAUUACUUUGUUAUUAGUGGUUCUUCAAAACUUGAUGGUGCCAUAAACUCAGUGAUUGGAAUCGUAUUCGUUACAGUGUUAGCAGGACUACGAAAAGCAAUCGUAUCGUAUUAAGCUGCAGAUAAAUAUGUAUUGAAAAAUAUACAUAACUCGAAUACAUUUUUAUAUUUAUAAUCCGUCCAUAAAACAAGUGCUCUUAUCCUUCUAAGAAUCUCUUAAAAAAAUCAAAUACUACAAAACAUGACUAGGCAUUUAGUAUUAAAAGUUUUUAUACACAUUUAUUUAAUCUGUAUUUUUUAAAUAGUAAAAAAACUACAUUCCUACAUUACGCACAUUCCGUCCACACGUUCAAAUUGUUUUUACAUAUAUUAUUUUUGUAGUUAAUUAAAUAGUUUUUAUAUGUAAUGCCAAAAAACGAAUAAACUACAAUUGUUUUACACUUUA